AUGGCGACGAAGGCGAGGAAACUCCAUGCGACGGACGACCCGCGCCGGGCCGCCAUGCGCAUGACGGCCGACGAAGAUGAGCUCGUGAACCCUUCCGAGGACGAGUACGAGGACGAGGGCGAUGAGAACGAGGACGGGAACAGCGCGGUCGCGAUAAGCCCGAGCCCGAGCCCAGCCGAGCCGGCAACCGCCUCCGAGAUGGGCAUCAUCGAGGAGAUCUACUGCGAGAACUUCAUGUGCCAUCGCCGUAUGUGCAUCCGUCUCUGCCGCAACAUCAACUUCAUCACGGGCGAGAACGGCAGCGGGAAGAGUGCGAUCAUUGCCGCGCUGCAGAUCUGCCUCGGUGCGUCGGCCCGCGCGACCCAUCGCGGCAAGAGCAUCAAGAACCUCAUCCGCAACGGCCACGAUGGCAAUGCAAUCGUGCGCAUCACACUCCUCAACGACGGCACGGACGCGUUCCGCCCCGAGUCGUUUGGGAAGCGCAUCAUGGUCGAGCGCCUCAUCCGUCGCGAUGGCACGGCCGAGUACCGCCUCAAGAACGAGCAUGGCAAGGUCGUCUCGAAGCUCAAGGCGGACCUCGACGCGAUGCUCGACCAUCUCAACAUCCAGAUUGAAAACCCCUGCGCCGUGCUUGACCAAGAGAAUGCCAAGCUCUUCCUCAAAGGCGACCCGACCGACAAGUACAAGUUCUUCUUGCAAUCGACGGAUCUCUACAAGAUGCGCGCCACGUUUGCGAAAGUCGAAGACGAAACGCGCCUGCGGCAGGAAUCGACGCUUGUCCAGGAAGAGCGCAAGCUCAAGACGCUCCUCAAGGCCAAGGAGGAGGCCGAGCGCCUCUACGAAGAAGCCAAGAGUAUUGGCCACUUGAAGGAGGAGCUCGUCGGCCUCAAGCAGUCGCUGGCCUGGUCCUUUGUCAACGCCCAGGAACUCUCGCUCCAAGACGUCCAAGCACAGCUCGACCAAGUCAUGCACUUGCAGCAAGUCGCUGCCGAGAAGGUGCUGCGACGACAACAAGUGGUCGACGCGCGCUCGGCCGAGCAGUCGGCAAAGAACAACGCGCUCCAGGAGGUCGAUGCGCAGAAGGAAGUCUUUCAGCGCCAACAACAAGCGCUCCAGCAAGAGAUCCGCGAGCUGCGGCUGCCCGUCCAGAAGAAGCAUGCGGCCAAGAACGCGAUGGAGCACCAGAUUCGACAGGCGCAAGCACGCUUGAAGCGCAUCGAGCACGAGAAGGAGCAGCGCCGUGCCAAGUACCAACUGUACCUCCGGUCACUUGAGAAGCAGCAAGCGCAGCAAGCCGAAGGCAUCCAGCGCGCCCAGGAACACCUUCAUCGUGUGCAAGCCAAGAAGCGGGAGAUCGAGUCCAAGCCGAUGGAAGAAUUUGCAGCCGAGCUUGACGACGUCGAAGGCCAGUACGUGGCGUGCAGCCAGCAAAAGCGCGAGGCGAGCGGCGAGGUUGAGCGUCUGACCUCGCGCCUACGCGCGCUCGAGUCGCAGAGUCAAAACAAGCUGGUCGCGUUUGGCAACCAGAUUCCCAGACUCCAGCAAGCGAUCCAAGACAAUCUGCACAAGUUCUCGGCGCCGCCGAUUGGGCCGCUUGGCAUGUACUUUAGCCUCAAGCCCGAGCAUCAGCAAUAUGCGGUUGCAGCCGAGGUCGUGCUCAAGAACGUGAUUGGCAGCUAUCUUCUCGCGAACGGCCGGGACAAGAACGUCUUGGACAAUCUCAAGCGGCAGAUGAACGUUCCGCCGAGCCAAGCGAAUAUUUUGAUCGCCAAGCGCACCGGCCGGCGGUACGACAAUGUGCACGUUCCCCGUGGCCCUCUGGGCGAUCAUGCAGUGAUCUCACUCUUGGACAUUGACAACCCGGACGUGUAUAAUGUGCUCGUGGAUGUGGCCAAGAUCGAGUCCAAGUACGUGUACCCGACGCGCAAAGAGGCAGAAGACGCGACGAUGGAGGGGCCGUCCGGGCGACAGCGCUUUGUGCAGGGCGUCUCGGAGGUCUACAUGCCCAGUGGCGACAAGCUUCUCGUGCGCAACGGCAACGUGGCUUACAUUGCUAACAAGGGGCAACGUCACGCACGUAUCUUGUCGCAAGACAAUGCGGGCGAGAUCAACGACAUCAACCACCGUCUCGAGCGCCAGAAGCACGAGCUCCAAGCCCUCUCGCGCGACGAGCACAACCUCCGCGGCAAGCGCGAGCACUUGCGCAAGCAGAUGCAGCAACACACGGUGAGCUUGGACGCGGCCAGCCGUGAGCUCAACCGCGCCGAGAACGACCUCCACGCGCUGCAGCGACAGACGCAGGACCCAAGCGAGAGCAACCUUGGUGAUACUACGGUGCUCGAAGAAGAACAAGCCGAGCUCGAGACGGAGAUCCAGCAGACGAUCACGCAACUGCAACGUCUAGAGAGCGAGCUCACAACAUCAAACCCCGAGCUCCAGCAGAAGGAAGACGACCUUGCACGGGUUCAAAAGGACGCCCGUGGGCUCGACGCGCAGCUUCAAGAGCUCCAGAACGACGUGACGGCGGCGAUGGCAACCUUUUCAAGCGCGACGGCCAAGCUUCUCCGGUCGAAACACGAUCAAAAAGAGGUGGCCAAGCAAGUGGCAGCUCGAUCGGCCGAAGUCGCCGAGCAAGAAGAGCUCGUGUCGACGACGAUGGCGAAAGCCAAAGCGUUUUGUCCCCGAGUGGAAAACUGCACCGAGCCACCCGCGUUUUACAGCCAGCAGAUCAAGGACGUGCAGACACGCAUGGAGCGCGAGAAGCGCAAGUUUGACAACAUGGACCUCGACGAGCUCCACUUGGACAAGGAGGAGAAGACGAUGAAGUAUUUCAAGAAGAACAUCGAGUUUACUCAGUUUGAAGAAAACGUCAACACGGUCGCGACGAUGCUGGCAGCGCGAAAGCGCAAGUGGGAGAACCUCCGCAUUGAGAUUGCCAAUCGCACGUCCAUUGGCUUCAACAAGUUUAUGCAAGCCAAGAACUUUGCCGGGAAGCUCAAAUUUCUGCACGACGAGCAGCGGCUCGACAUCAACAUCAUGGCCAACGAAGCUGGCAAGACCAAGCAGUCGAUGGUCAGCGACAUGAAGCAGCUCUCGGGCGGCGAGCGGAGUUAUACCCAAGUCGCGCUGCUCAUGGCCCUCGGCGAGUGCAUCGAGUCGCCGUUUCGUGUCAUGGACGAGUUCGACGUGUUUAUGGACAGUAUCAACCGCACACACACCCUCCAGCUGCUCGUCGAGACGUCCAAGCAGGCCUCGCGCAAGCAAUUUAUCUUUGUGACCCCCAACGAUCUCAGCUCGGUCAAGGAAGAUGCGAUGGUCAAGAUCCAAAAGCUCAACCCGCCACGCGACCGACUCGACGGACCGAUGGCGAGCCAAACCUCCUAGUUGCUAGCCCUGUACUCGCGCGUCCGAGUCUCUUGAUUUAAACACUUGCGUCCCUCUCCUCGUAGCCACAUGACAACAGACUCGCAGUCUUGUGAAGAAUACCUUGCCUUUCUCAUACAGUCUACGCAUCGGCGGCCUUGGUCGUUGGCUUCUUCUUCUUC